AUUUUAUUUUUUCUUCUAAAAACAACCUAUUUUAUUACAUCCAUCAUGAAGCUUGCUAUCUCUCUGGUCCUUACCGUUUCUUUGUCGUUUGUCCUAGGUUUGGAUAUAUGGGACCAAAAUGGUUUCCAAGGACAAAGGACCAACGUGGCAACUGUAAAAAAUCGAUGUGUACGAUUAGAUCAUCAAGUCAACGGACCCAUAGCGUCUGUUAGAGCGGAAACGUGUGACGUCCAGUGCUACGGAUUCACCGAUGUCUGGUGCGAAGAACAAUGGAAUCGAAUCGAUUGCCAAGGAUACGCCUAUGUGGGAUCUGGCACCUUGAAGUCUGUUCGAUGCUUAUAAAACCCACUUCAUACCCGAAAAUAAUUCCGUUUGCGCGGCGGUGCCUCUCAUCAAAGCAAGACGUAGCUCAAUGAAGUGAUGUUUCAUUGGAAGUAUAUAGUUAGGAAUCCUGCUACAGAUGGAUCUUUUAAUAAUAUCAUAAUGUAAUAUUGGUAGUUAUUUUAUCAAAUAAACUAUGCCAGAGUAUCUCAUACGAG